CUUCUGGUCUCCACGGGCCCCUGGGGGUGGGACAGGGGCCCUGGCAAGCCUGCAGCUGCUGUGGCAGUGGCUUGGGCUGGAAGCUUUUCUUGCUGGAAGCUGAGGAGCUGAGAGGCUCCUGCCGGCUUGUCCUUACCUCUUGGCACUGGAGGUGGCUUGGGCGUCACACACUGUCACACAUGCCCUCUUGGUGGCCUCGGAGGCCUCACCUUCAGGUUUGAAGCUGGCUCCACAAGGGACACGGUGACAUGAGGGACACCCCACUGACCCAUCUUCUGGCCAUCUCCCUUUGUCUACUCUCAAUGGUAUGUGCCCAGCUGUGUCCAACAUCCUGUACUUGUCCCUGGACACCACCCCAGUGCCCACUGGGAGUUCCGCUUGUGCUGGAUGGCUGUGGCUGCUGUCAAGUGUGUGCACGGCGGCUGGGGGAGUUCUGUGACCAUCUACGCGUCUGCGACUCCAGCCAGGGCCUGGUUUGUCAGCCUGGGGCAGGCCCCGGUGGCCGGGAGGCCAUGUGCCUCUUGGAGGAGGAGGAUGGAAGCUGCGAGGUGAAUGGCCACAGGUACCUGGAUGGAGAGACCUUCCAGCCCAAUUGCAGGGUCCUCUGCCGCUGCAAUGAUGGUGGCUUCACCUGCCUGCCACUGUGCAGUGAGGAUGUACUGCUGCCCAGCUGGGACUGCCCACACCCCAGGAGAGUAGAGGUGCCUGGUAGGUGCUGUCCUGAGUGGGUGUGUGACCAAGGAGUGAUGCCGAGGAUCCAGUCUCACACGGCCCAAGGACACCAGGUUUCUGGCCUUGUUACUCCUGCAUCUGCUGAUGUCCCCUGUCCAAAAGUUAGCACAGCCUGGGGCCCCUGCUCAACCACCUGUGGGCUGGGUGUAGCCACUCGAGUUUCUAACCAGAACCGAUUCUGCCACCUGGAGAUCCAGCGCCGCCUGUGUCUGCCCAGACCCUGUCCAGCAGCCAGGAGUCGCAGCUCAUGGAACAGUGCCUUUUAGAGCCAGCUGGGGAUGGAGAUACAGAGCCUGCCAGUCUCAGCGGGUGUCCCUAGGACUCGGGCCUGGACUGAUGGUACAUGUCCCCUUCCAUGCUCUUGGCUGCAGUUUACUGUCCUGGUUGGAUUCAUUGUCCAGGGCCACUGAGGGAUACCUGCUCUGUCUGAGGUAGGUGGAGCACAUGACCAAAUCCAUUUUCUAAUUCAGCCUGGCAUUCCGACCCAGGCUUCUGGGUUGUCCUGGCUAGUUCCGUAUCAAACGUGCACACGGGACAACUUUCUCUCCAAACUUCCCGGUAUGAAAAAGGCUACCUGGCCACCAUGCUGGGGACAAUGGGGAUGCGGGGAUACCAGGCAUCAGAUUGCCUGAAAUUCCCAAUUCCCUUCUGGGACUUGUAUGCACUUGUCCCCAAAGUCAAGAUUAUAGGUGGACUCCUGGGUCUGGCUUCCCUGGUCUGAGAAUACCCUGCCCGCCGGGGAAGAAUUCAGUGGCAGAAUUCUCUGUGAACAUGAAGAGAUAAAAUCAUACUGCCCCAGGGAGUAUCUGCAAGAUCUGUGAACUUCUCUCUAUUUGGAUGAAUGCACAUUUCUUAAGCACCCAAAAAGCAGGAGGUUCACAGCUCCACACCUCUGGCAGACAAGCAACAGCAGAGUGCCCUCUGGAGGACAGGGAUGAACAGCUGAACCGGGAGUGGAAUUUUGUUUGGGGUCCUGUGUUUUUAUGUCAAAACAAAACCAAAACCAAAACAAAAAACCCCACCUAAAUAUAAAAAUUACAUCCUC